AUGACAAAUAACGUCGACAUCAAAGACGUCCAGGGCACCCUGGCUCAGUACCAGGGCGCCAACUACGUUGACGGCUGGGCCUCACUCUGGGAUAAAGGCGGCAAAUUGCCCUGGGACAAAGGGUUUCCCAACCCCGCCUUGCAAGAUCUGCUAGUCCAGCAGCGAGGUACUAUCGGCGGACCUAUCAUCACCGAUAAACAUGGCCAGUCGCGCAGACGGAAGGCCCUGGUGCCCGGCUGUGGCAGAGGAGUCGAUGUACUCUUGCUCGCUAGCUUUGGCUAUGAUGCCUACGGUCUGGAGUACAGUGCCACUGCUGUUGAGGAGUGUAAGAAAGAAGCAGCAGCGGACCAUAGCUUGUACUCUGUGCGGGAUGAGACGGUCGGGCGUGGAAAAGCUACGUUUGUGCAGGGAGAUUUCUUCGAUGAUGCCUGGCUUCAAACUAUGGGGGUUUCCUUGAAUGAUUUUGAUAUCAUCUAUGACUAUACGUUCUUCUGUGCUCUGGACCCGGCACUUCGCCCUAAGUGGGCGCUUCGACACACUCAAUUGCUGGCUCCGUCUCCGUCGGGCAACUUGAUUUGUCUCGAGUUUCCCCGUCAUAAAGACCCCCUGGCUCCAGGACCUCCUUAUUCUUCCUCCUCAGAGGCAUAUAUGGAGCAUUUGAGUCAUCCAGGGGAGGAGAUUUCUUACAAGGGGGGUAUUGUCAAGCAUGAACCUCUGAGAGGACCGAGCAAAAACGGCCUAGAAAGGGUAGCAUACUGGACACCCGAGCGAACGCACGAAAUGGGUCAAGGCGAGAAUGGAGUGAUUCAUGACAGAGUCUCUAUUUGGCGUCGACGUAACUAG